AUGAAAAAGUCUGUUCAUUCAUCAGUAGUUAAUUCACAAUCACAAGGGUCUAUUGUUCAUGUGUUUAUUCGACACGAAGGUGAAAUACAUUCAUUUACAUAUUCAUCUACUGUAUCUCCACUUGAUAUUAUAGACAGUAUUAAAAGUACACUGCAUUUGACUGGAGUUUAUAGUGUUGUUGUUCCUAAUAUUCCGUUUAAGAUUGUUGAUUCUAUGGAAGGUUCAGAAGUGAAAGAGACAGGGUUUUAUAAGUCAUGUAUUGAAUAUGGAAUUAUUCCUGCUUUUGAACUAGUUGAGAGAAGUCAAGCAGAAAAAUAUGAGAGUGUUGGAACAUUAGCAAAAUUAAUGAAUCAAUUAAAAGAGAAUUAUCGAAUCAUUGGACAAACAUAUGUUGAUGUAUUAAGCACUGAUGCAGAAGAAAUAUUUGUAUUUAGAAGAUCACUUGCAAGAACACGUGUAUUGUCAAGUAAAAUAGAAGCUAAAUACGAUUCUAAUUUAAAAGAAGAAAACGAGUUUGCUUAUACAUUAAGUGAACCUAAUAUACCUGAUACUAUUAAAAGUAUUGAUGUUGAAAUUAUUGGAGAAGACUAUAAAACUACAGCAGUUUUCACAAUUACUCCACAAGUAUUUGUUCAUAGGGUUAUUGAUUCUGCUUUUCAUGAAUUAAAGAAAGCAGGAGAAGAUGCAGUUAAAGGAAAUGAACCAACAGAAUAUAUCUUAAAAGUAGUUGGAUGGGAUGAAUACAUUGUACCACAACGUGUUAAUGGAAAGAAUUGGUUAUUGAGUGAUUUUGAUUAUAUAAGAAGAUGUGCGUUACAUGGGGAACCAAUUCAUUUAGAAUUAGUUAAAAAAAGUCGAUUAUUUUCAUGUAAAAUUAAUGAUGAAGAAAGAAGAGUCUUAAAUUAUCUUGAUUCCUUUUUUGCAUCAGAAUUAUGGGAAGCAUUUGAUGAUGAAAAAAGAGUCUCACAAAGGCUUUGUACAGACCAAUUAAGUGCACAAGUUGUUUCUGUAGAGAAUUUAUAUUCUUAUAUUAAAACAAAAAAAGGAGAGGAAGAAGAGCAACAAAUGGUUACUGAUUUUCUUUGUUAUUUUAAAGUAGAGUUAUAUUACGGAGAAAAGCCAUUAUGUCCAGCACUAUAUUCAACAGUUUUUGAAGUUAAAAAUGGAUUAGCCUCUCCUAAGUGGAAAUUUACUUUUAUUCAAUUAAUUGCUACACUCCCAGCUGAAACAAAAAUGAUUUAUUCAGUGUAUAUGACUAAUUCAAUAGUUAAUACCCAAAUAGAAAAGAUUGGUGAAAAUGAUAAAUGUCUUGGAACAGUGAAUACGAAAAUCGUUAAUUAUACAAAUGAUUUACUAAAUGGUGAACAACAGUACUAUUUAUGGGCAAGUGAACCAAAUCCAAUUGCUAUGUGUUGUAAUGCAGUAAGUUCAAAGAUGAAAGUUGUUGUUGAAUUUCCAUCAUUAACUAAACCAAUCAGAAUGGAUACAUAUAUCACUAAGAAAAAAGAAAUGCAAGUAGAGUUAGAACAAGAAUCAGGAAAAAAAAUGACUGUUGAAGAAUUAGAUGCAUUUAAAAAAAUAGUUGACGCUGAUGCUAUGGCUGUAUUUACUCAAGAAGAAUUAAAAUGUUUAUGGGAAAGAAGACAUUCUUUAUUAAAAACAAAUCCACAUGCCCUUGCUCGUUUAUUGAACUCUGUUAAUUAUUGCCAACCAACAGAAGUACAUGAGUUACAUAGAUUAUUAAGCAAAUGGCCAUUAUUAGAUCCUCAAGAAGCUAUUGAGUUAUUAGAUUUUAGAUACCCAGACCCUCAAAUAAGAGGUUUUGCUUUACGGUGUAUUGAUACUAUGACUGAUGACCAAUUAGUAAUGUAUUUACCUCAACUAGUUCAAGCAUUAAAAUUUGAGUUACAUCAUCAUUCUACACUAGCAUCAUUUUUGUUGGAAAGGUCAUUAAAGAAUAGAAGAAGAAUUGGGCAUAAUUUGUUUUGGUUUUUAAAAGCAGAAAUUCAUGAUGCCAGAGUCACUGGAAGGUAUGGUGUUUUGAUGGAAGCAUUCUUAAAUGGAUGCGGAAAAUAUAAAAAUGAAUUAGAAAAAGAAGUUACGUUCCAAAACGAAUUAGUUGUUAUCGCCAAUGAAGUAAAACAACUUGGAACAAAAGAUGAGCAGAAAGCUCAUUUAAAGAGUUCAUUAGCAAAAUUAGAAUAUCCUGAUGAAAUGUCUUUACCAUUGGAUGCAAGGUUUAGAUUUAAAAAACCAGUUCCAAACACUGGAAAUGUAUUUAGUAGUAAAAAGAAACCAUUGAUGUUGGUAUUAGAAAAUGCAGAUCCAUUAGGAGAACCGAUUAUGGUUAUUCAAAAAGUUGGUGAUGAUUUAAGACAAGAUAUCUUAACUUUACAAAUGAUAAGAUUAAUGAAUGCUAUUUGGAAAAAUAAUGGUCUUGAUUUAUGCAUGUUACCAUACCUUUGCAUUGCCACAGGAAAUGAAAUAGGAAUGUUAGAACUUGUUAAAAAUUCAGAAACAUAUGGAGCAAUUAUGGCUAUGGACAAAAGUAAAUUUAGUGUUAUUAAAGAUACUGCAGUAACUACUUGGAUUAAAGAACAAUGUGCCCGUCCAGAAAGUCCAGUAACAUUCCAAGAAGCAGUAGAAAACUUUACUUAUUCAUGUGCAGGAUAUUGUGUAGCAACAUACAUUUUAGGUAUUGGAGAUAGACAUAGUGACAACGUAAUGAUUACUCGAGAUGGUAAAUUCUUCCAUAUUGAUUUUGGACAUUUUCUUGGUAAUUUUAAAUCAAAAUUUGGAGUUAAAAGAGAAAGAACACCAUUUAAAUUUACUCAACACUUUGCUAAUGUUCUUGGAGGUAAAGGAGCUCCACAAUUUGUUAAAUUUGAAGAAAUUUGUAUGAAUGCUUUUAUCAUUAUAAGAAAACAUGGUCCAUUGUUUAUUUAUUUAUUUAGGUUAAUGCUUGCUACAGGUAUUCCUGAAUUACAAAGUGCCAAAGAUAUUGAAUAUAUGAGAAAUAUGUUCAUGUUUGAUAAAAAUGAUGAUGAGGCUAAAGAGGCGUUUAGACAACUCAUUUAUAAGUGUCUUGAUGCUUGGUCUCAAACUGUUAAUGAUUUGAUUCAUGACUUCGUACAUUAUAAAUGA